AUGGGAUUAGAGAUGCUUUGAAAUGUCUCUGCUAAAGGUUCUUUGUGCAGAAAUCAGAGGAAACACCUAGACAGGGCCACAGCCUCCCAGGUGUGCAGGGGAAGCUCACAGCACCCCCCACCCAUCCACUCCCCAUGGUGGUCUCAUCUGCUGAACCAGAAAUACACUGGGGACUCAGAGAGCCCUGAGCCCCUUAGAAUGCUCCCCAGUCCUGCCACUUCCACCCCUUUCUCAGUGAAGGACAUCCUGAAGCUGGAGAAGCAGCAUCCUGCAGGCCAGGUGGAGGCAACCCCCUGCUCAGAGGGACAGGACAAAGGAAGGGACACUGAGGACCUGGGGAUCCCCUGCCAGUCCCCAAUGGGAGAGGAAGACGAGGAAACUCAGGAACAAAGCGGCGAGGUGUCCAGCAGAAGGGGGGAGCCCCCAGAUCGCCCCCAGCAGAGGCAGAGGAGGAAGCCCCGGGUUCUCUUCUCCCAGGUCCAGGUGUAUGAGUUGGAGAGGAGGUUCAAGCAGCAGAAGUACCUGUCUGCCCCGGAGAGGGAACAGCUGGCAUCGGUCCUCAAGCUGACCUCUACCCAGGUGAAGAUUUGGUUCCAGAACAGAAGAUACAAAUGCAAGCGGCAGAAACAGGACCGGUCUCUGGAGUUGGCAGGGCACCCUCCUCCUCCCCGCAGGGUGGCAGUGCCAGUCCUGGUCAGGGAUGGGAAGCCGUGCAUGGCCGGGAAUCAGACUUUCCAUACAAGUUAUGGUGCCAAUGCCAGCUCAUACCAUUAUCCGGUGUGUUUUGGUGGAUACAGCAGCAAUCCUUAUUACUCGGGAGCUCCUAUGGUGCCGACUGGGGGCACACCAUCUGUACAGCUGGUCAGUAUGAACAUCGCAGCGGUCCCUGGCAGUGCCCAACAGGGGCAUUUACAGCCUUCGUUGCCGGGAAUCAGAGCCUGGUGAUUAAAGUACCCAAAGUCUGAUGAGGCCACAAUGGACCCUAUCUUCUCUGAGUGGCAGGAUGGAUUCUCAAUGUCUGGAUGGAACUUAUAAAGACCUCAUGGCCGAUUUAUGAAUACAAUAUCCAAUAUGAAUCUGGCCCUUAUCAAGCAGGGAUCAUUGACUUUCUGAGGAGUAAUUCUCCAUCUCUGCUCAAUAUUCUACACGCCAGGAUUUAUAUACCAGUUUAUGAGAUUAAAAUGGACCUUCACUCAUAAAUAUGCCUUCCUUUCCUUUGAUUCCUCCACCUCCCCUCUUAAAUAAUUCAAAGAAAAAAAAAAAAACAUUUAAACAGUGAAUAUAUUUUUUAUGUAUUUAAUGUCCUUCAUGACUUGUGCCAUGUUUGUGCAUGUGAAAAAUGUCAGAAUAAAAAUGUAGUGAUAAAGAAGAACAUGGACAUCAAAGACUAGUAUGUAUUCUUUUCUAUUUUCAAUACAGGAACAUUUACCAGGGAACCAAACAAAAUAGCUAGGUUUGGGUGAUGUUCCUCUUUAAAUAAUAACCAUAAAUUAAUCAAAAUGAAACAAAAGUGAGUGCCACAUUUGUUAAGUCUGGUGACCAUUUUUAACCCUUUGUAACAGCUGGCCAGUCUGGAAUGGCCACAAAGACAACCUUAUGAUGUCAACUAUUCUCCGAUUUGGAAACAUAAACUCAAAUUGCAGUAGAAUAUGUAUAUGUAUACCUAAUAAAAAGACGAAUUUGUAGGGGUUAAAGUAGAACUUUAGGCAAAACUUUUUUUUUUUUUUCAUUAUGGAUAGAGCAAGUGAGGGUUAUAGCCCCUGACAAUUUAUUUUCACCAUCUGUAUCCAAUUGGGGAAAUUUCUCUUCACUUUCUGUCCCAUAUCCAAACAAGAUGGGAGAGGAAAUCCAUGCAAAUUAGGGCAAUUUCUUGGGGACCCCCAGAUCACCAGAACUAGUGUCCUCAUUGGAAGAUUCCCAUCUAUUACUUAUCUGGGGACAACCCAAAAUUCGGCAAUUCCUUUUACUUUCACUUUAUGAUAAUUGUAAACAGGACAAAUCUAGAGGGCGAAUCUCCAAAGGUGGCACAUGCAAUAAAAACUGAUAGAUGUUCUAAUCCCUCUCUACUCCAUCCAAAACAAAACAAAAAGUUGUUCCUUUAGUUACAAAUAAAUUAUUCUGGACAGAACAAACAUACAUGAAAUGAUCUGUAAAUACUAUUUAGUAAAUAUUCUAUUAAUAAAGCCUGUCUUAUUAUGGAAUGAUGUAUUGGUAAUUAGGAAAGCAGUUUGUAAAUAGUUUUAACUCCAGAUUUGCACCCUUCCAGGGGCUAAGGAACAGAGAGUGCUCAGCAUCAGAGAGGAAUAUUGAUGGAUUUUCAAUGUAUCAAUGCAUUUCUAUGGAAACUCAUUGGUCUAAUGUACAAUAUUUUUUUUGCCAUUUAG